AUGACAAGCAACGAAUGGGACGGAAAUACCCUGAAGAAACAGCAGGACGAUUUCGUCUGCAGUUCUGAUCACGGCGGUACUGUUUCUUUCGGGUCGAGGGCGCCGUCUCCAUACGGGAGAACUUGUUCUGACUGGAGCGAUCAAGGAACGUUAACGGGCAAGGAUGACGAAGAAUCUGGCGAUUCACCAAUCAAAAUAUUUCCCACCCCGUGGAGUUUACAGCAGCCCUGUCCCCAAGGCAUCGAUCACGAAUUAGACGGUCGCGACUUAGUUCUCAAAACGAAAGCAAAUGGACGCGCGCUGUCACCAGCAGAGGUGACAACCACCAGUUCAGCCCCUCCUCUGCUAUCGUCUGCGUUCGAGGAAGAUAAGAAGAAACACUUUUCAUCUCCGCGUGCUAAAGCGAGAACGUCUCCGCGAGGAGGGCAGGCUUCAUCGGAAAAGCAAUUGGCCGCGCCUCACAGUUCUAUACGUACAGAUGGCGAAGACUGCGGAGGUUCCCUUUGUACGGUCUCCUCGCGUUCACUCAGCUUGUCUCACGCAGCCGACCACGGACUGAACGGGCUCCACACAGAAGAAAAUCACAUCACUGAGCGCCGCGAAUCACCGAUCACCUGCCAGAGUGCCCACGGGAGACCAGUCAUUCCGUCUGGCGCAGCCACGAUUGGCUUUGAUGACGACUCACAAAGCUUUGCUGACGAGCUGCAAAGAUCCUUCGCGCAGGCUUGCCGCGCUGCGGAAGCUACUUUCUUCAAUACGAAAACUAGCAUACAACGCCGAAUGAUAGAGCAGUUCCGCUUCGAACAAGAGCAUUACCAGCAGCGACUGCAAGAGAGUAGAGCAGAAGCCGCAGCCGCGCGGGCUGAGCUUGCCGGAAUGCGAUCGGCGAAGGAGGCAACUGAGGAUCAGCUGGCACGUGUAUUCGCAUAUGUGCGACGCCGCCUACUGCGUCAGCAGGGGCGAGCGCGAGUCGAUACAACUUUCAACGCGUGGCUCACAUUCGUGGAACGCGCGAAGGCAAGGCGCCAAUUAUUGAGAGUCCUUGACUCUCAACAAGAACGACGGAGGCUACGGCGUGCCUUUCUCCCGUGGAGAACUCAGAGUUUCCAAUCCAGAUCUGAACGACUGCAGCAACAGGCAGCUCAGGCAGCGCAGCAGGCAGCUGAUCGUUUGAUAGCAACGCUGCAAACCGAGAGAAGGACUGAGACGCAGUUGCUAAUAGAGACACGCCAGCAGUUACGGCAAGAGGUUUUCAAGAGCGAACAGCUGCAAAAGACAUUGCAGAUCUUCUUCCUUCAAGGCGUCACGCCUUCGUAUGCUGUACCCACCAGAGGGCGCUCUGAGUUUAGCUUCAACACAUGCCUACUUGAAGCCCCUGUUCCAGACAAUGAUCUCGCAGCUCCUGGUCAAUCACCGCUAUUGUUUCAACCGGUAUUGGCAUCUCGGGGUCGCGCAGUUUCUAGCUCAGCAACGCCCCUAUCAUCCCACACUGUGGCGGGCUCUCACGCGACCGAACCGAAUUCGAGGGCGGCCGGAGAAGUUCUGUUGCUCCCAUCUAUUGGAGCACAUGCUUCUAACGGCAGUCAUUUGGCUUCAAGCAGGCCGGCCCCGGCUGCUUCGAGUGCGGUAUCCACCCCUGCUCCGCGAGCAGAGCGGCAACACUGCGGAGGAAUCGACGGCGCUUCACAGCAUCUCCAAACAGCCACGGAUGUUACAGCGGCGCAUGCGGCCGCUAGUCAUCCCGUGAGCCCCUCUUUUCUGCGCGCAGCCGGCGCUCAGCGGUGCGCCUUGUUUUCCACGGAUGCACCAAAGGACAAGCAGGCUUGCAUCCAAUCUCCCUGGCUGAGAACACUCCAACCCGCUGAAAACUGUGGCUUGGCAGUUAUAGGCCGCAAAGUCCGGUCUGCGUGUUCUCCUAGGGGAGCUCAGUCAUGCCGUGCAGCCAUGCGUCACACAUCACCGGGACGCGCCUUUCAGAGUUCUAAUGUGGGAAGGUCAGGAACUGCACUCCAGUCAAUGCAUGCGGAACUGGCCGGUCACCAACUGGCGACCACAAACGCCGCCCUGCAAGGUGGCAGCCAGCAGAACUGCAGCCACAUGCCGCACCUUGCUUUCGUAGGGUUUGAUGAUGAACAGAAACUACCACACAACCUGUCUGUGGUAGCGCAAGCGCGUCAAGCUCAGUACAUAGCUUCUCCGAAUCAGUUCUACGGUGGCGGCGUCACGGCAGAGCCUUUAGUGAUGUCGGGCGUUCCUGUUGCUCUCGCUACGUGCGGACAAGGCAUGGAUACCAGCAGUAUGAGAGGGAGCCCUGACGCUAGCAAUGUCCAUUUGGGGGGAAAUCACGGAAUAGCAGGAUCCCAAAGGCAACAAGGAUGCUGGGCGGUUCCGGGCGGCCAGCAUCCUUGGUGCUCCGCCCAUGAAGUGCAACAGACGCGCUACCAAAAGGUGCGCAGCUGCAAUGGCGCAGCAUUUAACGUGCUCGGUGCACACGUGCCAGCGAAGAUGAACAGAAGAGCGACGCCACAACCGAGGAAAGCUUCUCUGACGGAGAAGGAAGGGCUUGCACAGGCCCAGCCGGUGGCUUCUCAUAUAACCGAGUCCCGUUUCGGCGUGACGCCGCUAGGCACAUACGGGGUGCGGCCAGCCAACUUAAGAAAUAAAAGACCAGAGUACUCUCCCUCUCUUGCAGGCAAAGACAAGGAUAUGCCUAGCACGCGGAACAAAAAGGAAGCGAGCUGGAGAAGGAGUCCUAUGAUGGCAGGGUGCCCCUCCGUGCAUGUGUCGGAAAACGGUGGAGUACCAGAUACGGGUAGAGCUUAA